UAUACACACAUACACACUACACCCUGCACUGACACACUCACUCACUACUCAUCCUGGUGCUGCUGCUGCUGCUGGAGAUGCUGCUCCCCCCAUUCCUUGUGUCACACACACACGUUCAACCUCGCACUUGCCCUCAUCGCUCUCAUUGAUGCCUCUGCUUCCCUCCUGCCCCCGAGCCGAGCACCGACCAUGGGCUGCCUGCAGAGUAUCACCUGCAAGUCUCGCGUCCGGAGGGAGAACAUCACUGUGUACGACGUGUGCGCCACCAUAGACCAGUGCCCGACCUCCAUCGAGGAGAACUCGCCCAUUGUCUUAAGGUACAAGACCCCUUACUUCAAAGCCUCGGCGCGGGUGCUCAUGCCCCCCUUACCUCGCAGCGAGACCUGGGUGGUGGGCUGGAUACAGGCGUGCAACCAGAUGGAAUUCUUCAACAUCUACAGCGACCUGGGCAUGUCAAGUUGGGAGCUUCCAGAUUUGAGGGAAGGAAGAGUAAAAGCAAUCAGCGAUUCUGAUGGUGUAAGUUAUCCUUGGUAUGGAAACACCACCGAAACUGUGACCUUAAUGGGACCUACAAACAAAAGCUCACGAUUCUCCGUUAGCAUGAAUGACAACUUCUACCCCAGUGUGACAUGGGCAGUACCCAUCAGUGAAAGCAACAUGCCCUUGCUCACCAGGAUCAAGAGAGACCAAAGUUUUACCACCUGGUUAGUAGCUAUGAAUACCACCACCAAGGAAAAAAUCAUUCUGCAGACUAUAAAAUGGAGAAUGAGGGUAGACAUUGAGGUGGAUCCAAACCAGAUGCUGGGUAAACGUGCCAGGCUGGUGGGAAGGACUCAGCAGGAGCAGCCUAGGAUUUUAAGCCGCAUGGAGCCUAUCCCACCAAAUGCACUGGUAAAGCCUAAUGCCAAUGAUGCACAGGUCCUUAUGUGGAGACCAAAAAGAGGACAGCCUGUGAUAGUAAUCCCAGCCAAAAAAGAAUGAAGGGCAGGGGUCUAUUAAAGAUAUUCUUUAUAGCUUGCAAAGACCACAUGGAGGAUUUAAGGUACAGAACUCUUUACAGUGACCACCAUAUGCACUUUUGGAAGGAACACAGACGUUUUAUACAUUAUAUUUAUUUGAGACAAAUGGCAUUUGUCAUUUACAUUUCUUAGUGCCUGUGGCCAAACAUAAAUUAUAACUCCGGGAAGGUCUUCAGUACAGCGACUGCUAUUGCCACCUUUUUGCUUCAGCCAAUUAGGUGCAUAUAUGGGAAAUGGGAGGGGGGCUGAAAUGCUUGUAACCUCGAGGGGUAACUUUGGUGUGAAGUGUUGUGUUCCAUAUCAGUUAAAGAUUAAUCCUGAAUAAGAAAGGGGUGCAAGAAUUAUGCAAAAACACAUAAAAAUACAUCAUUGACAUAUUGCUUCCCUUUAAAAGUUAUGGAAAAGAAUAUUGUACUAUCCCCUUAAGGUAAAAUUCUUCCUGUUAACACUCAUCUCCUGGCAUUUAGUGACUGUUGGCUGUUACAAUUUAAUAACAUCUGGAAAGGCACAGGUUGCACUACUAGCCUAAGGUGAUGAUUUAAAGGACAAGUAACACUAAAAAGCAUUUCUUUAAAGGGCUGGUUCACCUUUAAGUUAACUUUAAGUAUGUUAUAG